CGCUGCGCGCCGGUGCUAGGCGCCCAGUCUCCGUCGCAGCUGCCGCCGGCGUCCCGGGCCUGAGUGCGCCCACGCCCGGAGGCCGGGGUGUCGGGGAGCCGACGCGUGGCCAUGGAGCGGGAGCCCCGCGCCAGGGUUGCACUGGUGCCGGAGCGGUGCGGCCGCGGGCCUUCCUCCCGCCACCGCCGCCCGGGGCUGCUGCUUCCCGGCCUCUGGCUGCUGUUGCUCGCCGGGCCGGCCUCGUGCGCCCCAGAUGACCUCUCCCUGGCUCAGAACAGCCAUCCUGUACGCCCCACGGACUUCCUGCCAGAGAGAAGCAUCCUGCACAGUGCUGCACAAGUGACCUUAUCAGAGACUGUUCCCAGGUCCCAACCAAGCAUCUCUGCCCUUGUCCUCUCCUCUCCGUCAGCGACAGCUUUUGAUACAGCCUUUUUAAGCCAGAGACAUCAGACUCAAAGUACAGCGGAGCCCAGUUUCUUUGAGGCAAAUUACGGAUCCGUGACGAGUAAUGAGGUGGCCCUCGAUGAUGAGGAGAUGGAUAACUUUUUGCCAGAUGCUCAUUGGACCUCUUCAAGGGGGGUUUCCCCAAUGCGGUAUAUCACACCUAGCCCACCAGAGCCACCCCAGGAAAUGCUGGAGCCUGGCACGACCCCAUUACUUCCCACCAUUUCUUUGCCGGAUGAAGUGCUGUCCGGAUGUCAGAACACAGUGCAACAGGCAACUGUAUAUGUGGAGCCAUCCACGUAUUUCGGCACUUCUUGGUCAGCUUUUCUCACGUCUGAGGGCAUCAUUCCAACUCCUAGUAGGAAUUCGGUGCUUCAUCCUAUAGAAAUUCACAGCCAGUUAUCAAGCAAGGCUUUGCCAGAGACGGUAGCUUCUGUAACAGAGGGCGCAGAAAACCUCCUUUUUAGCUCCCGGAUUUCAGUGUCUCAGCCAUCAGGCAAUGGCAUGACUCAACAGCCAUCUGUUCCCCUGUGGGAGGUCUCACAGCCUCUAGUAGGUGUCCUGGCCACAAGCUCGGACAGAUACCCUAAUGAGACCACUGCUUGGAUCGAACAUCCAGAGGAAGCCAUCGCUCUAAGAGCACACCCUGGCAUAACCACGUCACCCACAGACCCCACUUUUAGCAGUCAGCCUUCUGCUCUAUUUUCAACCCCACUUUCAUCUGUGUCUUUUGCUACCCAAUUACCUGGUGUUUCAGAGGACUCCUUCCUCUCUAGUGAAGCCAGGGAAGCCUUAGAAUCAUGGCACAGCUCCCCAGUCCCCAGUUUUACUGACCAUCCUUAUGUCCUGAGCCCCGAGUCUUCCCUGAGACCACACACAGGGUGUGUGUCUUGCGUUGUCUCAUCAUUUCAACAAGAACUGGCCAGGAGCCUAACAGAGAAGGACAUGGGAUCCGGAGACAGGCUUGAGACUUUGUCUACUGCCUCGGUAGAGGCAAGUCAUGUCUCUCCAUUGAGCAGUGUGGGCACAGACCUCUCUGAACUUGAAGAGCCUCAAGAAUUUAAUACACUUUUCCCUUCCAGACCUGUGGUUUCCUUUUCUUCCAGACCUGUGGGGCUGUGGGAAGCCAGCAUGGAUAUGUCACCUGAGGUAGAUGUGAGUGGCAUUGCCACCACUCAGGUGUACCCUUCCCAUGGCCGCCUCUCCACACCAAGUUCACUGGAUUCAACUUUUGACUUCUCUGUCACCAAUGAUCUAGUGAUGCCAUCCAGUAUGAUCCAUCUGUUGUCCUCUGUCAUCCCCAGCACCCAUUUUGACUCAUCUUUCUCCUUGACUGCAAAUCAAAACACUCCAUCCUUUCCAGCUGGAAAGCCAAGCCUUCUCACCUCUCCCAGUCUGGUCCCCUCAGCACAGUCUAACGCUUUCUCUCACGGAGCACCUAUCAGCUCUCUGGAACUCCAGUCUGGAAGUCGUUUGGAUUUCACAUCCGGCUUUUACUCAACUCCGCCCCUGGACUUCAGCACUCCGGCCCCUUCACGGUCAGACGAGCUUGCUUUCCCAUCUUUGAUGUCAAGCGAUCCAUCAGCCUUCUUUUCUCAAACCUUCUCCACCAUGGCUGAGACAUUUUCACUGUCCAACUAUGUGAAUUUGCAAUCACCUCUGCUUUCUGUUCUUAAUCCCACAAGUCUAGAGCCGUCUCAGCCACAGUCAAGUGCAGACCUUCUUUUGAACACAGUCACUGUUCUUCCUAGUCACCCCGAGAGGUCCCCACUUUCAAGCUCCCCCUCUGAUUCUCUCGAGUUCACCGAAGCAUCCAGAGUUUCACUGAGAGAAUCCCAUGUUCAUCUUACCUCAGCUUUCUCUGAAACUACCUCUGCCUUUGAAUUUUCACCCAUUCCCCAUGAGUCCACUAUCAGCACACUGGUGCCCUCCAGCUCUGAGCCCUCUCUUGGCAUCUCCGCAGCUGGGACUCACCUCACAUCACUGCCAACAACUGUUUUCCAUUUGACACCCAUUUUAACCGAGUCAUCUCCAUUCUCGACUCUGACACCUUCCGAUGGCAGUGUGCGUGUGACAGACCAUCACACACCAGUCUUACCCACACCCUCCAGUGUCAUUCCAAGCAGCACAGAGUCGACCUCUGACCUGUACCUGUCAGCCUCCUCAUCACUUGUUUCUGAAGUAAGCCCUUCACCUCCGCCCACAAAGCCAGUCAUGGGCUCAUCAUUGACACCCACAGAUUUCCCGCCCAGUACUUCCCCAGAACUAAGUACAUCCCUGGAACUGAGCAUGCCCAGUGCCAGCACUGCCCCUGGUGAUACUGUGGACUCUGCUCUGAACAGCGAGCCUAUGAGUCAGAACCCUCAGGGGAACAGUGUACCCCCUCCCCAGCCCUCCCUCGGUCCUGCUACCACCUCCACGCUUGAAGCCACAGUUGGUACACCAGCACUGGCCACAGCCAAGCCGCCAUAUGUGUGUGAUAUUACGGUUCCCGAUGUCUAUUUGAUCACAACUGUGCUGGCCAGACGAGCUGUGCAGGAGUACAUCAUUACAUCAAUUAAAGAAGUGCUGAGAAUCCACUUCAACCGUGCGGUGGAGCUAAAGGUUUAUGAACUGUUCACAGACUUCACAUUUCUGGUAACGUCUGGUCCUUUUGUUUACACGGCGAUAUCAGUCAUCAACGUCCUGAUCAAUAGCAAACUUGUGCGUGGCCAAACGCCUUUAAUCCUGUCUGUGAAGCCAUCUUUCCUCGUGCCAGAUCCCAGGUUUCAAGUUCAAACAGUACUGCAGUUCGUGCCUCCGAGUGUCGAUACUGGCUUCUGCAACUUCACUCAGAGCAUUGAGAAAGGCCUGGUGACAGCUCUUUUUGAAGUGAGGAAACACCAGGGAACAUAUAACCUCACAGUGCAGAUUGUGAAUGUCACCAUUGCUUCUUCGAGGGUGGCUCCCCGGAGGGGCCCAGUGAAUAUUAUCUUUGCUGUUAAAGGCUCGCAAGGUUUUCUGAAUGGGUCGGAGGUGAGCGAUCUGCUGAGGAACCUGACGGUGGUGGAGUUCAGCUUCUACCUGGGGUACCCGGUGCUACAGAUCGCAGAGCCCUUCCAAUACCCGCAGCUCAAUUUAUCUCAGUUACUGAAGUCCUCUUGGGUCAGAACAGUCCUCCUGGGCGUAGUGGAAAAACAGCUCCAUAAUGAAGUGUUUCCAGCCGAGAUGGAGCGCAAACUGGCCCAGCUGCUCAGCGAGGUGCCCACCCGAAGACGCAUGUGGCGGAGAGCCACUGUCGCUGCUGGGAACAGCGUGGUACAGGUGGUGAAUGUGUCCAGGCUGGAGGGAGAUGACAACCCGGUGCAGCUCAUCUACUUUGUGGAGAAUCAAGAUGGAGAGAGACUCAGUGCAGUCAAGUCUUCAGAUCUGAUCAACAAGGUAGACCUCCAGAGGGCAGCCAUCAUCCUGGGGUACCGGAUUCAAGGCGUCAUUGCCCAGCCUGUGGACAGGGUGAAGAGGCCAUCCCCGGAGUCACAGAGCAGCAACCUCUGGGUCGUGGUUGGCGUGGUCAUUCCCGUGCUGGUGGUCACCGUAAUUGUUGUCAUCCUCUACUGGAAGUUGUGCCGCACGGACAAGCUAGACUUCCAGCCAGACACGGUGGCCAACAUACAGCAGCGGCAGAAGCUGCAGAUCCCCAGCGUGAAGGGCUUCGAUUUUGCUAAGCAGCAUCUGGGCCAGCACAAUAAAGACGACAUCCUGAUUAUUCACGAGCCAGCGCCACUGCCAGGCCCUGUGAAGGACCACACCACACCCUCAGAAAACGGAGAUGUGCCGAGCCCUAAGUCAAAGCUCCCUUCCAAGAACAUCCGGCACAGAGGGAGAGUUUCCCCCUCAGAUGCUGACUCGACAGUCAGCGAGGAGUCCAGCGAGAGGGAUGCAGGAGAGAAGGCGCCGGCUGCCGCCCCUGAGAACAAGGCUCUCAGAGCUCCGCAGAGUGGCGCCCCCCUGCCCAGUUCAGGCAAUGAGCAGCAUUCCUCAGCCUCCAUCUUUGAGCACGUGGACAGGAUUUCGAGAACCUCAGAGGCCAGCCGGCGGGUCCCCAGUAAGAUCCAACUUAUUGCCAUGCAACCCAUCCCGGCCCCUCCAGUGCAUCACCCUGUCCUGGCCGACCGAGUGGCAGAAACCAACAAAAUCAACAAGGAGAUCCAGUCAGCACUGCGCCACAAGUCGGAGAUUGAGCAUCACCGCAACAAGAUUCGCCUGCGUGCCAAACGCCGAGGCCACUACGAGUUUCCGGUGGUGGAUGACCUGUCUUCUGGUGACACCAAGGAGCGACACCGAGUAUACCGCAGGGCACAAAUGCAGAUUGACAAGAUCCUGGACCCCGCAGCCAGUGUGCCCUCUGUGUUCAUAGAGCCCAGGAAGAGCUCACGGAUGAAACGCUCUCCUAAGCCACGCCGGAAACACCAGGUCAACGGCUGUCCCGCGGAUGCGGAGAAGGACCGACUCAUCACCACAGACAGUGACGGCACAUACAAGCGGCCUCCGGGUGUGCACAACUCUGCCUACAUUGGAUGCCCAUCUGAUCCUGACCUCCCAGCUGAUGUCCAGACACCCUCCUCUACAGAGCUGGGCAGGUAUCCCGGCCUGCCCUUCUCAGCCUCUCAGUACAUCCCGCCUCAGCCGUCCAUCGAGGAGGCACGCCAGACCAUGCACUCCCUCCUGGAUGACGCCUUUGCCCUCGUGGCUCCCAGCAGCCAGCCCACCAAUGCCGUGGGAGCGGGUACUGGUGUGCCUUCCAGCCUGCCUGUGAAUAGCACCCCGUCCAGGGAAGAGAGGCGAGCUACGCAGUGGGGGUCCUUCUACAGUCCAGCUCAGACGGCCAACAACCCUUGCAGCAGAUACGAGGACUAUGGGAUGACUCCCCCAUCGGGCCCAUUGCCAAGCAGACCUAGCUUUGGCCCAGGGUUGCUGCAGUCUUCAGAGUUGGUUCCCCCUGAACCCCCACAGCCACAGUCAUCAACUGAUGCUCCAUAUGCUGCCCGAGGGAUCUACUCAGAGGAGAUGCCAUCAGUGGCCCGGCCUCGGCCUGUUGGGGGCACCACAGGCUCCCAGAUCCAGCAUCUGACACAGGUGGGGAUUGCAAGCAGAAUCGGGGCCCAGCCAGUGGAAAUUCCUGCCGGCAGAGGCAGCCAGUACGGGGGACCAGGCUGGCCUGUGUACGGGGAGGAGGAGGCAGGGCGAAGAGAAGCCACCCACAUGCUCGGACAUCAAGAGUAUUCUUCUUCACCGCUGUUUCAGGUGCCAAGGACUUCGGGCAGGGAGCCCUCAGCCCCUCCCGGGAACCUCACCCACCGAGGGCUGCAGGGCCCUGGGCUGGGUUACCCCACCAGCUCCACAGAGGACCUCCAGCCUGGCCACUCCUCCGCCUCCCUCAUCAAAGCGAUCCGUGAGGAGCUCCUGCGGCUCUCUCAGAAACAGGGCUCAGUACAGAACUUCCACAGCUGAUCAGCCUCCCUUGCAGGUUUGCCAAGUAUCUGCUUCCCGUGGAAGCAAGACCAAAAGGAAACCAACCGAGUGGGUGUUUGGAGGAGUCGGAAGUAGCAUCUCCGGGCAAGCUGCCCGAGGAAGGGAACAAGUCGCAAUGUUAGAAGAUGCCAUAAAGUUACAUGGACAACUCAUGGUACUUUUUCUGGGUUGGCAAUUUGAUGACCACUUUGGUUCAAUCAAAAUGUGUGUACUUUUGGGCCAAAAGCCAGCACUUACACACACACACACACACACACACACACACACACACACACACACACAGAGAAAACCAAAACACAAACCUAAGCUAACAAAAUGUAAGUUAGUGUCUUCUUUCAAAGGCAGAAGAUUAAACCCUCGAGGUGGAUGGGGAUGCAGGGGCAGCCUUUCCCCGGGAAUCUGACUGGUCGCACAACACACCCACUGCUCAGUUUCCUGAGAAGAGAGAUCUCAAGACAUUUUAAUAACAGCUUGAGCCCUCUUCUCCUCCGUAGGAACUUAGGUUAAUAGUAAUAUUAACAUCAAGACAUGCUAAGACUCUUUGGUAAUCUAGAAGAGCUUCUAGUGAGAACCUGAUGGUAGGUCGUGGAGCCUGGUGAUUUCAAACAAAGCCAUCGCCUGCAUUCUUUCUCCUUCUGGUGCUACAGCUCUGAGGGCCUUCACCUUUCUGUCUGAAAUACAACUGUGGCUUUUGCAGUAGAAGAAUAUGUUGGUGGUUUCAUUGUGUUCUGGGGUCUGGGGUGGGAAAGAAAAAGAAAAAGCUGUACUUGGGAGGGGGAAGCUUCAUAUUUAUUUGGUUAUUCAAAAUACAUAUCAGAGUCUGGGUUUCCGGUCUUAGUUGCAUUUGCUGUUUAUUUGUUGGGCUCACCCAGCUCUUGACACCAUAGCAGAGCAUCUCCGCAAGGUCCAUCCUCCAGAAUGAGGCUGUUGGGGUGUCCUAACCCAGGUCCUUGUGCUUCACUGACAGUUUGCUCGCAGGUUAUGUUUGAAUGUCUUAUGGAAGCAGACGUUAUUUUCCGUGAUUCUUAGGACUACCUGACUGUCAUGAAUCUGCCCAUGGUAGUCAGGUCCCCUGAGUUCUGGACUGGAAGUGGAACUGUGUUCCUGCCAGCCUCUGUAAUGACUGAAGAAAUACAGGGUUUUGAAAACAUGAAGGAAAUGAGAGUUCCCCCCCCCCAUUUCUGAUUUAGCUAUUAUUUCUUUGUCUGAAGUCUGCCAUACUCACUUUGGGCCAGAGAGAGAUUACCUCACAGUGUGCUUCUGAUGUCACAUUUCUCGGCCUCCGACAUAAUGACAUUCUGUAUCCUGGUGCCUGAAGGAAACUCUGGGAAAUUGUACACCAACAGGGAGUCGAACCAUGAAGCUCUUCGUCAGAUGAAUGAAUACUUUUGAUUGGACAACAGAUAAUGGGUUAGAGUUUGGGCUGGGGUGGUGGUGGUGGUGGUGGUGGUGCUCAGCCUAAUCAAAACUGUGUGUCUGCAAGUUUGAAGAAAAUGGAGACAGCUUAGAACAAGCCCCCAGACUGCAGUCACUGGUUCCAGAAUUGUCUUUGCCCUUCUCAGUCAGUCUCAGGACACAAGGACACCUGUUCCUGGAAACUGAGGCAGCCAGUGCUUAUCUGCACACUCCAGAUGAGAAGGCAUACAGGAGGGGACCCACUGAUCUUUGUCAGGAGGCCUGCAGGCACUCUGCAGAGGAUGGAAGAGGAGACCCCUGUUCUGGGCUUAUUUAUUAAUCUUGAUUUAAUAUGUUCUCUUCCCAAGCUGGAAGAUCCUCUUUCCAGGCCUCUCUAACCAAGUCUCAAAUAUCCAGGCGGAGUGGUAGUAUGACAUCGUGUGAUGAAUGCAAAUCAACACACAGAAUAAAUGGCUCUUUCUCACCUUAUGUCAUGAAUGUUUUGGACAUCGAGCAUCCUAAUGGUACCUCCUUUGUACAAUGACAAAAUGAGCCUCGGUGUCAGAGGAUACGACAAAAACAGCAAUUUUGAUGCCUUUGAAAUGAUGAAGGGAUUCUACCUGUAUUUUUACUCUUAGGACAGAUACACCUUUAAAGGGUGUCACAACCAAAGGAGUGUAGCGUGGCAUGCAGGCUCUGUGGGGGCGCCAGUGCUCAGUUAGUUGUUGGUUAUUUAAAGCACACUCAGUUUGCACUCAUUUCCCCUAAACAACUGGCACAGCAGGUUGACCAUCCUUAAACUGCUGUGGGAUAUGCCACGUCCUGCAGGCGUCCAGUCAAUCAUCCAGUGUGCUCCCCUAAAAACCGUCGUCCUCAACAUGUAUAAAUUAUUAAAGUGCUCCAAAAUGAAAGUUAAGUUUAAUGUCUGUCCUUUUCUUCUAAUUUUAGAAGUUCUGUUGAGAAACACAAACUGCAAAUUUAAGUCAGCAUUUUUAGGACAGAGUGCUUGGAGAAGUGCUUUUUUGCAGUCUCCUUUGUUGCUGAUUUCAUGUGUCUGAUUCCUUCUGUAUGUCAUUCUUGUUAACAAGACCAUAACCUCCCCAACCUGACACCUCAUAUGAUCUCUGCUUCUAAAAGUCAGGUGGGAUCCUACUUGAAAACAACCCUUGAGGAGGGCGCCUCGGUCACUGUGAACAUGUCAGAGGUUAUCUGUGUAGAUGUCCUGCCAUGGGUGAUGUGUGAUCUGCCAGUGGCUGGGUCCACCCAUCAGUAAUCAGAGCAAGACAAAUCAGAGCAAAGCCCCAUGUGACUCCUCCUACUGCUGUGUUGUUUCAAACUUACCAGGUCCUCUGUCAGUUUCAGAGGUCGCCUGUGAAGCAUCUUUUUUUUUUUUUGCUCCCAACUUCCUGACACUAGAUGAGUCAGCAGACAUGAGUCCUGUCUUCUAAGAGAUUUUAGAAUCUAAGCUGGAUAGUACAGACAGGUAUAAAAGAUGGACGCUAUAGAUAAGCAGGGUGGCUUAGAUACCCAUAAAAUGCAAAAGGCACAGGUGUGUUGGAUAUUCAGAAGUCAAAAAAAUUACAUGUUUGGGAUUGAGUCUUUAGGGGAGAAGCCAGCUGCAGAAGCCACUUUUGAUGUUACCCAAGCCACAGCAAUGGAUAAGCCUCACAGUUGUCCUGGGGAAGGGUUUAGGAAUUGGGUAUUCUGUCCAAGUGACUUCGGUCUUAAGAAGAAAUAGUGUUGGGAGGGAACCUGUCUAGUAACAAAGCAAGCAAAUGUCCAGGCUGGUGACGAUCCGCUGAGCAAGAGCCCUGGUGUGGGGAAAGGGAGGUCAGAAUACCAGGAACUGCUGAUGUCUGCUCUAAAGUACGUCAGUGGUGCUGAGCUGGGCCUUGCAGAGCUUAGCUUAUAGCAGACCUUGAUCCUUGGUGGUUACAGCAGGUUGUGGAUAAGUUACAUCGGGCGGGCUUCAUUAUCUACACCUCCAUUUUUUUCCUCCAGUUUUUAAUUUACUUUCAGAGUUUGUGUUGAUUUGGAUGGCACGUGACUUUUAAGCAGUAGGAUUUUGCCAAGCAGAAUUUUUGAAGGCAUGAGGCCAGUGACCCAAAGCACAGGUGCAAGUGUGCCUGGAAGGCUUCCAGCCAAAACCAGUAAUUCCCUGCUUUCUUGUAUACAGUGUUCACUGCUAUUUCAGAUGUUGGUGAGUGUUCCAGUAACCAAGCCAGUCCCCAGGACACUAGUCUACGUUGGCAGGACUUCACAAGUUAAUCAUUCCUCAGGCCUCCCUUGGCCCUUUCAUCCUGGAUUCUUAGGUGGGAAUCAGACACUUAGAAAGAUGUUGGGUCAAGGUUCUAAGAGCAGGACAGAGUGCUCCUGUCAUAGUACACACUAAGUUUCCCACUAGCAGAGUCCUCGCCAUGUCAUUUCUACCUCCAAAGUAAGUCAUCAGAGCCUGCUUGUCCACAUCUGGUCCAGGCGGGAGUACAAGGAAGGCUGCUUCUACACCUGUGAGCACAAACACGUCUGUGUGGGACAGUCCAUGAGCAUCGUCAUUUAGUCCAGCCCAUUGCAGGCAUUCCUGGAACAGGUGAGAGGGUUUCUGUGGGCCUCUGUUGUAGCAUUUCCAUGAAGUAUAUAGGCUUACACUCAUCACCUCGUAAACAAGACCGGGCACAUUUCAGGUGGUUUAUUUUGUGGGGGAGGGUGCUGGAGGGGGGUGGUGGUGAUUGUGGGUGUCUAAACUGGAAUUCUUUUGUCCAUGUUAAAAAGACUUGAAAACUGAACCGUCAUGGUACAGUGUUAAUUCAUACCUGUGUGUGUAACAGGACACUCGGCAAUUAUCUUAAGAACACACAGCAGCAUUGACGUGUAGAAAGAGAAUAGUAAAUGCCUUUGGGAACACCAGGACGCAAGGGGAGCAAUGAAUGUCUGCGUCUGAUAUGCUCCUCCCAGGUUGGCUUCCCACUGGGCAGGUCACAAUGCAGGCUGCCUGCUUUGCUGCCUCCUAUGUUUCCCUGCUCCAGGGCCACUUCGAGAUUACUUGGAGGAUCACUGAUGUCUUUUCUCAUGCCCACCAGAUACCAAGUACUCAUGACUUGACUCCCAAAUGCGCCGUUACAGGGCUAAGUUAAAGCCAGACUUUAAAGUUCUAUCACGGUGGUAAGGAAAGAAACAGGAGGUGCUAGAGGAACCAAGAGUUCUGGUCAUUAACUAAGUCAUGCCGAGCACCAGGGCAUUGGUUCUGAAACGGCUAAGAGAAAGGCUCUGGGCUUUGCUCCCAUCUCUGCACAGCACGCUGUGGAGCAGAGAGGAAGGAGACAGGAGUAGGGUUGUCAGGGAAGCUUGCUCUGCCAGGCUGCUCCAGGAUGCCAGCUUGUCUCCGACUCAGUUGAGGUCCAUGCUCUGACUUUCUGCACCCUCGUGCUAGGCGAUUCGUGUUACUAUACAAAACCGCAGAACGAAUUGGGCCACCUGUGGCAUCAAGACUGCAACUUGACAAUCACAGUUUGCUGAUCUCAAACGGGCACUUAAAGCCUGGUAUGGGUGUGUGAUUUAGUGACUGAGCCUGCCCUUCUGUUUGUCAGUUACGUUUCUACCCUUCAAUUAGCUGCACUGUUUUCUAAUGUGCUGUAGAGUUUGGAAAUAAUUUAUGCAAGUGUUUGGUUCCCAUGUUUACAAUUUUUACAGCUUUCCUAGGAUUUUAAAAUGGAAAUGUCAAUAAAUGCUACGAAUCGGUGUGGAA